AUUUUUCGUCUCAAUAUUGUGACAAAGACGUCAUAUUCAUUCACACAAUCAAACAAAAGCCGUAUCACGAGCGGUGACGCUUGUUGUUCCUUCUUGAGCCCAGCCUUGACACUCACUCACAAUCAACAUGUCGGACAAGAGCAGGCCCAAGACCACGAUCACGACCACGGCUCCCGGUCAGGAGGGCCUUUUUGACGGCAUCGUCAACCCCGGCGGCGCAGCCCUCGCCGUCUCCUCGGUCGCCUACAUCGCCUUCAUCCCCGUGACGAGCUAUCUCGCGCGCACAGAUUCGGUCCAGAACCUGAUCAAGGCCCUUGCGGGAGUCAUCCCGGGCUUUCAUGCGUCCUCCGCGGUCCCAGGCGCCGUCUACUCCUCCGGCAUCAUCCCGGCCCUCAGCGCCGUGUACGCCUUCUGGACCUACGCCGGCUCCGGCGCCCUCUCCGCCACGGGCCAGGCCAUCGGCUGCGAGGGGGGCUACAACAACGACCACCCGCGCCAGCACAUCGGCGAGCUCCGCGGCUUCCCCCUGCGCCUACGCAGCGCCCACUACGGCCUCGUCGAGAACUUCACCCCCUGGGCCCUCGCCGCCGCCCUGAGCCAGGUCCUCGCUCCCGGGGACGCCCAGAUCGUGAGCCUGCUCGGCGUGCACGUGCUCAUCAAGCUCGGCGUGUACUACCCGGCGUACCUGCUCAACCGGAGCAAUGUCCGCUCGUUGGCGCACCUGUCGGCCACCGCCGCGUGUGUCAAUGUUUUGAUCCGCCUGGCGAAGAAGUGAGCGUCGGGGGGGUUGCAAUUGGGAGCUAUGCUGAGCCUGAUCAUUGAAUAUCGGAAGUGACGCCGGCUUAUAGCCUGGACCUCAGAGUCUCAUCAUGUGUGGAUUUAUACGCUGUGGUCAUGAAAGGCAGGCCCAGGCUUAUAAGUUCAAGAUAGAACCGGGGCACUGCAGAAAUGGCCAUACGAAUGGCCGUGUACGUGCGUCGGAGAAAAUGUGCAAAUCACAAGCAAUUUACCUGACUUCUGUUCCUCUUACGUUGCGCUGGUUCAUGUCCUGAUUUACACCGAUAAUCCCAACCAAAUUUCCAUCGUACUGA